CUAAAUCUCACCGUCAAAUCUUCAUUGCACAUUGUGAUCAAUAAAGUGAAAAAUCCAGGGUAACCUUAUCAUGUCUCCACCCAAAAAAAAUAGCAUUAAGUCCUUUUAAAAUGCUUCAACCCAUAAAUGAAAUAGCCAUCAUAAGCAUCUCCCUUACUAGGAACCUCACCGGAGAACAGAACCCAAGUUGAUACUCGUCGAUCGGGAAACAGUAUGGGUGAGAAGCCAGGGUGUUGCAAGUGCUGCUGCAGCUUCAUCUUCACCUCAGGCCUGAGCGCUCUCUUCAUGUGGCUGAGCCUCCGAGCUGAUAACCCCAAAUGCUCCGUCGACUACUUCUACCUGCCGGCGCUCAACAGAACCCUGAACUCCACUACCAAUUCCACGUUGUACUUCAAUCUGAAGCUGGCAAACCCCAAUAAGGACAAGGGUAUUAACUACGACGACGUGAAGGUCAACGUCACCGUGUUCGACACCGUGGGAAACGGGUCCCAGUCGUCCCAACUCCUCGGGGACACUACGAUCCAGCGCUUUUACCAGGGGCAUAAAAAGACGGCUAAGAAACCGGGUCAUGUGGACUACAACAUGACGGUGGUUAACCAGGGAAUUUUCACUAACGGGACGGCCUUUUUCCGGAUAGAUUUGGUGACCGCCGUGAGGUUCAAGAUCAUGUUUUGGAGGACUAAGAGGCAUAAGAUCAUGGUGGGGGCAAAAGUAGUAGUCGAUGGGAAUGGUUCUAUGGUUCUUGCAAAGAAGAAGAAGGACAUCCCACUCGGUUCCAUGGCUCCAAAGCAGGGAUGCUGCAGCUUGGUUCUGCUGAUUCUGGUGAAUUUUCUGGUCUUGAUUAAUUUGGUUAAUUUUUGAUGAGUUUUUCUUGCUUUUAGCUUUGUCUGGGCUUUUGAUUUUUUUUUUUUCUCUUUCUCAAAAGGAAAGAAGAUGUUGUCUUGUCAUGUAUGAGGAAUUUGUUGGAGGAAAUAUGAUUCUUAUUUCAAUUUCUUAUUUCAAAAAAAUGGAAAUUAAUUAUGUGCAUCUUA